AUGGCCGACCGUUACUCUUUCUCCCUGACGACGUUCUCGCCCAGCGGCAAGCUGGUUCAGAUCGAAUAUGCUCUGAACGCCGUCAACCAGGGUGUCACCGCCCUCGCCACCAACGGUAUCGUCCUUGCGACCGAGAAGAAGUCAUCAUCGCCCCUUGCCGACCCUAGCUCGCUGUCCAAGAUCAGUCUCGUCACCCCCGAUAUCGGUAUGGUGUACUCAGGCAUGGGUCCCGACUACAGAAUAUUGGUGGACAAGGCUCGCAAGGUAUCGCACACCGGCUACAAGCGCAUCUACAACGAAUACCCGCCUACGCGGAUAUUGGUGCAGGAUGUUGCCCGUGUCAUGCAGGAGGCUACUCAGUCUGGUGGUGUCCGACCUUACGGCGUCAGCUUGCUGAUUGCUGGCUGGGAUGAGGGUAUUUUGCCUGAGGACGAGACCGAGACCAAGGAAGGCGAGGAGAAGAAGCCCACAGGCAAGACCGGAGGUACUCUGAAGGGUGGACCCAUGCUGUACCAGGUCGAUCCCUCUGGCAGUUACUUCCCGUGGAAGGCGACGGCGAUUGGCAAGAGCGCUACGUCUGCGAAGACGUUCCUGGAGAAGAGAUACACGGAGGGCUUGGAGCUUGAGGACGCCGUGCACAUUGCAUUGCUCACACUCAAGGAGACCAUCGAGGGAGAGAUGAAUGGAGAUACCAUUGAGAUUGGCAUCAUCGGACCUCCGGCAGACCACCUGCUCGGUAUCGAGGGUGUUGAGGGUGCCAAGGGCCCUCGCUUCAGAAAGCUCAGCCCUCAGGAGAUUGAGGACUAUCUUACGAACUUGUAA